AUGUUUAGUCUUGGAGCAAUUGGUCUGUACGCCAGGUCCCACGAUGCCAUACCUGCCCAGGCCUCGAAAAAAGACAUCAAGAUGACAAGACCGUCGACUUCUUCUUCAAAACAUCAGUCUCCCGACGAUUCUCUACCCAUGGACCGGCUUUCGACGGCAAGCAUUCCCGACUUCUUGGCUCCUGCUCUAGACAGACCCCCUUCUUCCCAGAAACUGAGGCAACUCAGCAAGCAGAUGAAGCGGGCGUCACACUUGCAACGUCAUUUCGGCCACAAGGCUGCUUCGUCCGAAUCGUCCUCCGUCUCGUCCAUGGCCGCUUCUGAUCGACUGCCUUGGGAUUUGGAUCUGGACAACCUAACCCUCGUCCGCAAAUCCUCCGUUCGAUCCACUGAGAGCAGUGUCCCAUCUCGGAGUCGCCCGGAAAGCCAGCACUUUGCAAAGGGACUCUUCCAUCGCCGGGGAAAGUCGAAACGCGACAGCAGCGCUCAAAGCUCCUCCGGGAGUUCCAUCUACUCUGUAGAUGUCUCGACUGAGAAAACCCCCGUGGCUGGACUGAAGGACGGCAUCAUGCCCCUCCUGUUCUCGAGGAGAAAGCCACGUCGCGAUCAUCUUGAACAGAAGCGUCUCCAGAUCUCCAGUCCUUUCAACUUUCAACAUGUUACUCAUACGCAAAGGGGCCCUCCGAUCGAUGAGACAUCACCGCCGAAUCAGUUGCAGCCAAUGGAUGGCUGGUCAAGCUUCGACUUGGUCGACAAGUCACAGCGUCAAACGUCCAGUGUCGUUCCAGCCGCCGCCAUGGCCGACGUCAAGGACCAUCAUUUCGCCCGGCACCACGAUGGCUACCCCGAUGUACCUAGCCACACGCCUCCAGUGCCGGGAACCCGACGGCUUUUCAAGCAUGCAUGGUCGCAAGAGCAGACACAAAAGGAUGCUUCCUCACAGCCUCCUCCCCGCCCUCCCAGAUCCCCAACGCAGGCCAACUAUUUCUUCCCUUUAGCUCCCGACCCCGCUUGCCGCAUCUCCAGUCCUCUAGUUAGAGGCCAGGACAAUGCAGAUAGGGUCGUUGAUUCAUGUGCCAUCAGGGAGCAUACCACAGACGAAGCCCUCGUGCAGGAUCGUGGUCGCUUCUCCCCGCAGCAGCGCCCUCUGUCUCAGGAGAAGCGCUACUCUCGGUUCGUGUCGAACGCUCGCGAUUCAACGCGGUCACUGGCGAUUUUAUCGCCGCCGACAUGUGACACAGCUUUACCGGAUGUACCAGAAGAGGAAGAGCACCAUGGAGUAUCCAGGCAAUCUAGACUCAGCCUCUCCAGCAUUACCUCUUCUCUACGUGGCAGCCAGUCGGUCCCAAUGUUGCGAUCUCUGGCCGAAUCUCAGAGACCCACCAGCUGUACAUCGGAAACGUUGGGUGGUCUGGGAAUCACGGGAUCGAAUCCCGCCGCCCACCAAGACACUCACAGCCCUAUCCAUGCCGGAAUGCCGGCCAGAGAAAGCUGGGAAGACCUGAUCGACUACUGCUAUGAGCACGAAGCCGAAGCCGAUUGCGAUUAUCAAUGGGAGCGACCAUCACAAGAGAUGGCCCGUGAUAGUAUGACGCUGCCUGUGAAUGGUCUGGCCCUUUGCGAUGGUCUUCAACCUGACUCUGACGCAACAUUGCGCCCCGGCCAAACCCCGGUUCCUUCACUCGGACUAGACGUUCCAUCGCUCAGCCCAGCCAGCCAAGGCUCGUCCAGGGCAGUUUCCGAGGCCACGACUCCCAACUCUGCUUUUCCGGACAACUUUUCGCUGCCUAGGAACGACGGAAGGAGCCUGCAGCCUUUGAACCUCCUAGGCGCAAGCCGGGCUUCGGCAAUUUCGAGGAUAUCGCAAGAUUUCGUCUUCACGCCUUCCCUCCUGCUUCCCUGCGACUACCAAAAGCAGACACUUGUACGGGACAACGAGUGGCACGGUGAGGCGGAUAAGGAAUUUAUGUUUGGAUAUUGCCAUCAGUCUGCCUUUCACGAUGACGUGAUGCUGUCUGUGGCCCAUAGCAAGGACCCUCUGCGGACGGAUCAUCGUUUCAGCACCUCCACAACCGAUACCAACUCAACCUCACGAUCAAACUCUACAGGACGACGGGUUCAAUCUACAAACUCGUCCCGGACGACGCUCACCUGCCAUACCACCAGCAGCACUUCGCUGAACAAGAUGGCUGGAGCAUCGGCCGCCGAGAAACUGCCCGAGACAGGCUCCGACGACGGCGAGUGGUCUUGUCGAACCCUUGUGGUUCCGGACCUGGCACCAGACAAGAAGAUGCCUUUGCCGCAACCAACGGGACUGAAUCGAUAUCAUCACAGGAGCCAUGCAAGCGAAAACCAAGUCCGCGACAAAGCGGCACUAUCCUUCCCGAUGGAAAGUGCGAGGCCACUGAGACCACGAGCCAGGACAACGAGCAUGAGCACGCAACCUCCCCCACCAGUUGGACAGUACGCUUCGUUUUCACGAAGGCAACAAGUCCCGAUGAACGGAGGCCAAAUCUAG